CAAGUAUACUGUAUGUUCGAAACAUUUCUACUGAGAGUAAACUGAGCUCUAUUACUCGGCUGGAAAUGUCUACAAGGACAUGCCCAUAUCGAGCAGGCUUGAUCUGCUGAGUGGCCACAAGGGUCUCUAUAUAAAACAGUCAGCAGCUGAGGCUGUCCCUAAGACCAACUUCUGCCUUCUACAGGUGAGUGGCAGCCUUUGCAUAGGGGGAGCUGAAGGGAAAAGAUUACCAUUUCAAUGAGUGAAGGCCUGGGAAUUACAAGCAAGAUGUUAAAUCUAUUUCUAUGUGCUAAUGCCAUAUAGUCAUUUAAACCAUCAGUAUUAACGGAAUAUCAUGUUGAAUAUUUUGCAGACACGCUGAACGUGACAUCUCAGUUUCUGUUGGUACUUGGAAAGGUAUGUAGAAUUGUUUCAGAAUAGCACUCAAAACUCAAAUCAAUGUUAAAGCCACAUACAGACACAAAAAAACACUUUCUCUCUUUCUUUCAAACACACACACACGCACGCACACGCACACUUAGGGAGUACUUCAAAAUAGCUGAUUCCUACAUCCUCAGCAUUUAUUUGAGGUGAUGAAGUGAUGCAAUUCUAUCAACAUCUGGGACAUACACCAGGAACAGCAUUAAUAAAAGGAAACUUCAAUAUGCCUUCUUCCUAGGAAACCAACGUGCCAUCAUGGGGGAUGGAGAUAUGGAGUGCUUUGGCCCUGCGGCCAUCUACCUCCGCAAGCCAGAGAAAGAGCGUAUGGAGGCCCAAACCAGACCCUUCGAUGCCAAAACAGCUUUCUUUGUGGUUGACAAAGAAGAAGAUUAUGUGAAGGCAUCCCUGGUGAAAAGAGACGGUGGCAAAGUCACACUCAAGACUUUGCAGGGUGACAAGAGUAAAGAAGUCACGGUGAAGGAGGAUGAAAUCUUCCCCAUGAAUCCUCCAAAGUAUGACAAAAUUGAGGACAUGGCCAUGAUGACACACCUCCACGAACCUUCUGUGUUGUACAAUCUCAAAGAGCGUUAUGCAGCAUGGAUGAUCUACACCUACUCUGGGCUGUUCUGCGUCACUGUGAACCCCUACAAGUGGCUCCCAGUGUACGAUCAAAGUGUUGUUGAAGGAUACAGAGGCAAGAAGAGGAUUGAGGCUCCACCCCAUAUCUUCUCCAUCUCUGAUAACGCCUAUCAGUUCAUGCUCCAAGACCGUGAAAAUCAGUCUGUCCUGAUUACUGGAGAAUCCGGUGCAGGGAAGACUGUAAACACCAAGCGUGUCAUCCAGUACUUUGCAACAAUUGCAGUUGCUGGAGGAAAGAAAGAACAGCCAGCACAAGCUGGAAAAAUCCAGGGGUCACUGGAGGAUCAGAUCAUUGCAGCCAACCCUCUACUGGAGGCCUAUGGUAAUGCAAAGACCGUGAGGAAUGACAACUCCUCCCGUUUUGGUAAAUUCAUCAGAAUCCAUUUUGGUCAAACUGGCAAACUGGCUUCUGCUGAUAUUGAGACGUAUCUGCUGGAGAAGUCAAGAGUGACAUUCCAGCUGUCUGCUGAGAGGAGCUACCAUAUCUUCUACCAACUCAUGACUGGGCACAAGCCUGAGCUGAUUGAGGGCCUGCUUAUCACCCAAAACCCCUAUGACUUCCCUAUGAUCAGCCAGGGUGAAAUCACUGUCAAGAGCAUCGAUGAUAUAGAGGAGUUCAUUGCAACUGAUACGGCUAUUGACAUCCUGGGCUUCACUGCUGAUGAGAAAAUUGGCAUCUACAAGCUCACUGGGGCUGUGAUGCAUCAUGGCAACAUGAAGUUCAAGCAGAAGCAGAGAGAGGAGCAGGCAGAGCCUGAUGGCACUGAGGUGGCUGAUAAAAUCGCCUACCUCAUGGGCCUGAACUCUGCUGACAUGCUGAAGGCUCUAUGCUACCCACGAGUGAAGGUCGGAAAUGAGUUUGUGACCAAAGGCCAAACUGUACCACAGGUGAUGAAUUCGGUUUCAGCUCUUUGUAAGUCAGUAUACGAGAAGAUGUUUUUAUGGAUGGUCAUCCGUAUCAAUGAGAUGUUGGACACCAAACAGGCAAGACAGUUCUUCAUUGGUGUUCUGGACAUUGCAGGAUUUGAGAUCUUUGAUUACAACAGCUUGGAACAGCUGUGUAUCAACUUCACCAAUGAGAAACUGCAACAGUUCUUCAAUCACACCAUGUUUGUACUUGAACAAGAGGAGUACAAGAAAGACGGUAUUGUUUGGGAAUUCAUUGACUUUGGUAUGGAUCUGGCUGCCUGCAUUGAGCUCAUUGAGAAGCCACUGGGAAUCUUCUCCAUCCUUGAAGAGGAGUGCAUGUUCCCCAAGGCCUCAGACACUACCUUCAAGAGCAAGUUGUAUGAACAGCAUCUUGGCAAAACCAAGUGCUUUGAGAAACCCAAACCCACAAAGGGUAAGGCAGAGGCCCACUUCUCCCUUGUGCACUAUGCCGGCACUGUGGACUACAACAUCACUGGCUGGCUGGACAAGAACAAGGACCCACUGAAUGACUCUGUUGUGCAGUUGUACCAGAAGUCUGCAAUGAAAUUGCUAGCCUUUUUGUAUGCAUCCCAUGCAAGUGCUGAGGGUGGUGGUGGUGGCAAGGGGGGUGGCAAGAAGAAGAAGGGUGGCUCCUUCCAGACUGUGUCUGCUCUAUUCAGGGAGAAUUUGGGCAAACUAAUGACCAAUCUGAGAAGCACUCAUCCUCACUUUGUGCGCUGCUUGAUUCCUAAUGAGUCAAAGACUCCUGGUUUGAUGGAGAACUUCCUUGUGCUUCACCAACUGAGAUGUAAUGGUGUGCUGGAGGGUAUCCGAAUCUGCAGAAAGGGCUUCCCCAGCAGGAUCAUUUAUGCAGACUUCAAGCAGAGGUACAAAGUGCUGAAUGCCAGUGUCAUCCCUGAAGGACAAUUCAUUGACAACAAGAAGGCUUCUGAAAAGCUCUUGGGUUCCAUUGAUGUAGAUCACACUCAGUAUAUGUUUGGCCACACCAAGGUGUUCUUCAAAGCUGGGCUUCUGGGUGUCCUUGAGGAGAUGCGAGAUGAAAAGUUGGCAAUCCUGGUCACAAUGACUCAGGCUCUCUGUCGUGCUUACCUAAUGAGGAAGGAGUUUGUCAAGAUGAUGGAAAGGAGAGAAGCUAUCUUCUGUAUCCAGUACAACAUCCGCUCAUUUAUGAAUGUGAAAACGUGGCCAUGGAUGAAGGUAUACUUCAAGGUCAAGCCACUUCUGAAGAGUGCUGAAACUGAGAAGGAACUUGCAAAUAUGAAAGAGAACUAUGACAAAAUGAAGACCGACCUGGAGACUGCCCUUGCAAAGAAGAAGGAAUUAGAGGAGAAAAUGGUUUCCCUGCUUCAAGAGAAGAAUGACCUGCAAUUAGCUGUAGCAUCUGAAACUGAGUGUCUCUCAGAUGCUGAAGAGAGAUGUGAGGGACUUAUUAAGAGCAAAAUUCAGCUGGAGGCUAAACUCAAAGAGACAUCCGAGAGGCUGGAAGAUGAGGAGGAGAUCAAUGCUGAGCUCACUGCUAAAAAGAGGAAACUGGAGGAUGAGUGCUCUGAGCUGAAGAAGGACAUUGAUGACCUGGAGCUUACCUUGGCCAAAGUGGAAAAAGAGAAGCAUGCCACAGAAAACAAGGUUAAAAAUCUGACUGAGGAGAUGGCCUCUCAGGAUGAGAGUAUUGCCAAGUUGACCAAGGAAAAGAAAGCCCUCCAAGAGGCACACCAGCAGACUCUGGAUGAUCUCCAAGCAGAGGAAGACAAAGUCAACACUCUGACAAAAUCCAAGACUAAACUUGAACAACAAGUUGAUGAUCUGGAAGGAUCAUUGGAGCAAGAGAAGAAACUCCGCAUGGACCUUGAAAGGGCCAAGAGGAAGCUUGAGGGUGACCUAAAACUUUGUCAAGAAUCCAUAAUGGAUCUGGAGAAUGACAAGCAACAGUCUGAUGAGAAGAUCAAAAAGAAAGACUUUGAGAUAAGCCAGCUCCUCAGCAAGAUUGAAGAUGAGCAAUCACUUGGAGCUCAACUUCAUAAGAAGAUUAAAGAACUUCAGGCCCGCAUUGAGGAACUGGAAGAGGAAAUUGAAGCUGAGCGUGCCGCUCGGGCUAAGGUUGAGAAGCAAAGAUCUGAUCUCUCCAGGGAACUUGAAGAGAUCAGUGAGAGGCUUGAGGAGGCUGGUGGGGCCACUGCUGCUCAGAUUGAGAUGAACAAGAAGCGUGAGGCUGAGUUCCAGAAGCUGCGUCGUGAUCUUGAAGAGUCCACCCUGCAACAUGAAGCUACCGCCUCUGCUCUUCGUAAGAAGCAGGCUGACAGUGUAGCUGAACUGGGAGAGCAGAUUGAUAACCUUCAGCGCGUUAAACAGAAGCUGGAGAAGGAAAAGAGUGAAUUCAAAAUGGAGAUUGAUGACCUCUCAAGUAAUAUGGAAGCUGUGGCUAAAUCAAAGGCAAAUCUGGAAAAAAUGUGUCGCACCCUUGAGGACCAAAUGAGUGAGAUUAAGUCAAAGGCAGAUGAAAAUGUGCGCCAGCUUAAUGAUGUGAGCGCACAGAAAGCAAGGCUUGCAACUGAAAAUGGUGAAUUUGGCCGUCAGCUUGAGGAGAAAGAAGCUCUCGUCUCUCAGCUGACCAGAGGCAAACAAGCCUAUGUCCAGCAGAUUGAGGAGUUGAAGAGGCAGGUUGAGGAGGAAGUGAAGGCCAAGAAUGCCCUGGCUCAUGCUGUCCAAUCAGCUCGCCAUGACUGCGACCUGCUCAGAGAGCAGUUUGAGGAGGAGCAGGAGGCCAAGGCUGAGCUGCAGCGUGGAAUGUCCAAGGCCAACAGUGAGGUGUCACAGUGGAGGUCCAAAUAUGAGACUGAUGCCAUUCAACGCACUGAAGAGCUGGAGGAGUCCAAGAAAAAGCUUGCACAGCGUCUCCAGGAUGCUGAGGAAUCAAUUGAGGCUGUCAACUCCAAGUGUGCCUCCCUGGAGAAGACCAAACAGAGGCUCCAGGGAGAAGUGGAGGAUCUCAUGAUUGAUGUCGAGAGAGCAAAUGCAUUGGCUGCCAACCUUGAUAAGAAGCAAAGGAACUUUGACAAGGUCCUGGCAGAAUGGAAACAGAAGUAUGAGGAAGGCCAAGCUGAGCUGGAAGGUGCUCAGAAAGAAGCUCGCUCUCUCAGUACUGAGCUCUUCAAGAUGAAGAACUCAUAUGAAGAGGCUUUGGAUCAGCUGGAGACUUUGAAGAGAGAGAACAAGAACUUGCAGCAGGAAAUUUCUGACCUUACCGAGCAACUUGGUGAAACCGGUAAAAGCAUUCAUGAGCUGGAGAAGGCUAAGAAGACAGUAGAGGGUGAGAAAUCAGAAAUUCAAACUGCACUGGAAGAGGCAGAGGGUACACUUGAGCAUGAGGAGUCCAAGAUUCUUCGUAUUCAGCUGGAGCUUAACCAGGUCAAAAGUGAGGUUGACAGGAAGCUGGCAGAGAAGGAUGAGGAGAUGGAACAGAUCAAGAGGAACAGCCAAAGGGUGAUUGAUACCAUGCAGAGCACCCUGGACUCUGAAGUCAGGAGCAGAAAUGAUGCCUUGAGAGUCAAGAAGAAGAUGGAGGGAGACCUCAAUGAGAUGGAGGUUCAGCUCAGCCAUGCCAACCGCCAGGCAGCUGAAGCAAUGAAGCAGCUCAGGAAUGUCCAAGGAAUGCUCAAGGAUGCUCAACUGCACCUUGAUGAUGCUAUCAGAGGACAGGAAGACAUGAAGGAGCAGGUUGCCAUGGUGGAGCGCAGAAAUGGCCUCAUGGUGGCUGAGAUCGAGGAGCUGAGAUCGGCUUUGGAACAAACAGAGAGAGGCCGCAAAGUGGCUGAGCAGGAACUGGUGGAUGCCAGUGAGCGUGUAGGACUACUGCAUUCACAGAAUACUAGUCUUUUGAGCACCAAGAAGAAGCUGGAGGCUGACCUUGUCCAGAUUCAGGGUGAGGUUGAAGACACUGUUCAAGAGGCCAGAAAUGCAGAAGACAAGGCAAAGAAGGCCAUCACUGAUGCUGCUAUGAUGGCUGAGGAACUGAAAAAAGAACAGGACACCUGUGCUCAUCUGGAGAGAAUGAAGAAGAACCUGGAGGUCACUGUGAAGGACCUGCAGCAUCGCCUGGAUGAGGCAGAGAAUCUGGCCAUGAAGGGUGGAAAGAAACAACUCCAGAAACUGGAGUCCAGGGUGCGUGAGCUGGAAGGUGAAGUUGAUGCAGAACAAAGACGUGGAGCUGAUGCUGUGAAAGGCGUCCGCAAAUAUGAGAGAAGAGUCAAGGAGCUCACCUACCAGACUGAAGAGGACAAGAAGAAUGUCAUCAGAUUGCAGGAUCUGGUGGACAAACUUCAGAUGAAAGUCAAGGCCUACAAGAGGCAGGCUGAGGAAGCUGAGGAGCAGGCCAACACCCACCUGUCCAGAUACAGGAAGGUGCAGCAUGAGCUUGAGGAGGCUCAGGAGCGUGCUGACAUUGCUGAGUCCCAGGUCAACAAGAUGAGGGCCAAGAGCCGUGAGGCUGGCAAGGCCAAAGAUGCAGAGUGACGAGUGAAGACAACGUAAAAUGAGAUGGGAUUCAUAUAAUAUGACAUCCUUAAUAAAGCCAUUUAAGCAUUGCCACACU